UUGGUUUGCUUCUCGCCGGCGAUCUCUCUCUCUCUCUCCCGGUUGCCUUACUUCUUCUGUCUUCCCGAAGAACUCUCCGGAGGUUUCCUGACAUUUCCCCGCAGAGAUGCCGUCGAAGAAGAAACAGUCCAAGACGCCUUCGCGGCUGUCGAAUUCGGAGCUAUCUGCGUCUCCGAGAACACCGGCGUCUUCGACGACGGGCCUUGGUACAGAGUAUUUCGACGAGGAUGAACUUCGUUACCGUCUCGAAGAAGCUUCGGUUCGGUUUCCUUGUCUCAUCGGCAAAUCCGCAAUCUUGGGAAGAGUAACCGAUGUUGCCCCGGAAUCUAUCCGAGGUUCUAAGAUUUGGUUGUCCGAAACUUCCAUGGUUGCCGCUUCUCUCAGUCCUGGUUCCACUGUAUCGGUCUCGCUUGCUUGCAUUGGAAGGGGAUUCUCAAAUGGCUUUCCGCUAAGCUCUAUCAAGGCUGAAUAUGGGCUUGAUUGUAGUAGUAGUAGCAUCGUCAAUGAACCUGGGAACUACUUCGUUCUUGCCACCGUUUUCUCGUCUUCAAAGGUUUUGAAGGACUCUGUUCGUGUUUCAGUAAAUCUUCAAUAUGGGCUUGGUUAUCCUGUUUCCGGCAGGACUGUUUUUGUUUAUCCUGUCUGCAGCCCUUCUUUAAAUAAUACAGUCAACACGAGUGAUGGACCGCUCUACACCGCCGAUGGUAACCGUCUUUCAUUGGUUGUCUGCAAGGAAUUGUAUUUAGAGUUGAUUCCUUUCAGGAAUAUGGUAGAAGUAAAGAUGGAUUUACUUUCUAAAGAGAAGUUUACUACAGAAAGGUCCCUUGGCAGGUACGAAAUUGGGGAUUCAACCCCUAAGACACCUCUUAACUUGCAAAAGCUUGGGUCUCCUGGUUCCAACGCUCCAGCAUCACCAAUUAUCAAGGACUCUGUUUCCAGCAUUUCUAAUCAGCGGACUCUGUCUGCAAAUUUGGUUGACAUGCAAGAAGUGUUGACCAGUGAAAGCGCUAAGAAACUUUUUCAGACUUGUGCUACUUCAUGGAUAUAUCCGUGUAGUUUGUUUUAUGGCAAUCUUGUCGCUGUACCAGUUCUCUCUGAGAUCUGUAUUUUCUGUGUCAAAAAGGCUACUAAACUGCCUGCUGAUAAUCCUGAUCAGAAUGUGGCAACUCAGGCUUCUCGAAGCACAAUCCAGACAGCAGAAUCAGUGCACCAUGCAAAUUAUGCGUUUUUGAUAAAUCAGGAAACAAAAGUGUACUUCCAAAAUCCAUUGGACUUGGCAAAUGAUGUUCCCGAGGGAACAAUUUCGCAAAAUCUUCAACUUGAUCAAGACAAUGAAGGGGAAAAUGUGGGACAUGAACUCGCAAAAUUAGGUGGUCUAUCUAAAGAAUAUGCAGUUCUGAGGGACAUAAUCGUUCCCCCAUCCAGUUUGAAUAAUACCCUAUCAAGACUAGGUAUCCGAACUGCAAAGGGAGUGCUUCUUCAUGGACCUCCAGGCACAGGAAAGACGUCUUUGGCUCGGUUAUGUGCCCGUGAUUCUGGUGUCAGUUUUUUCUCCGUGAAUGGACCUGAGAUUGUGGGCCAGUACCUUGGGGAAAGCGAGAAAGCCCUAUAUGAGGUCUUCAGUUCAGCUAGCAAAGCUGCACCUUCUGUGGUGUUCAUUGAUGAGUUGGAUGCUAUUGCUCCUGCACGGAAAGAAAGAAGUGAAGAUUUAUCUCAAAGGAUGGUAGCUACUUUAUUGAGCUUAAUGGAUGGAAUAAAUAGUGAUGAUGGUGUAGUUGUAGUUGCUGCAACCAAUAGACCUGAUAGCAUUGAUCCUGCCCUUAGACGACAUGGAAGACUUGACAAAGAAAUCGAAAUAGGUGUACCAUCUUCGGCACAACGCCUCGAUAUACUCUGCACAAUUCUAAGUGGGAUGCAACAUUCACUUUCAGACAUCCAGAUUCAACAGCUUGCUAUGGCUACCCAUGGUUUUGUAGGUGCAGAUCUAGCCUCAUUAUGUAAUGAGGCAGCACUUGUCUGUUUAAGACGUCAUGUUGAGCACAGAAGUUGCUCUCGUAAUCUGCAUCCUGAAGAGACACCUGUUUGUGCUUGCAAACGUGAAAGUUCUGAUUCCUCGACAAAUAUCACAGGCAUAUCAACAGAUAGGUGUCAUUCUGCAUCUUCAUGUGUCACAAUUUCACCCACUGCUUCUGGGGCACCAAUAUUUAGUUCAAAUGGGGCAGUCUCUCAAGCGACAGAGGAUAUCUCAAGCGAUGGCAACUAUAGUCCGAACCAGAUGUGUGUCACAGAAAGAGAGCAUAUCUUAAGGAUUGCUUUUGAAGAUUUUGAAAAGGCUAAGAUGAAAAUCAGACCCAGUGCCAUGAGAGAGGUGAUAUUAGAGAUUCCCAAGGUCAAUUGGGAUGACAUCGGUGGCCAAAAUGAGGUGAAGAAUCAGUUAAUGGAAGUGGUAGAAUGGCCACAAAAGCAUCAGGAUGUAUUCAAGCGAAUAGGUAUAAAGCCACCGAGUAAGAUACUGAUGUUUGGCCCUCCUGGAUGUAGCAAGACCCUUAUGGCACGUGCGGUAGCUUCCGAAGCAGGAUUGAAUUUCUUUGCAGUCAAAGGACCAGAACUUUUCAGCAAAUGGGUUGGUGAAUCAGAGAAGGCUGUGAGGUCUCUCUUUGCCAAGGCAAGAGCAAAUGCACCCUCGAUCAUAUUUUUUGAUGAGAUAGAUGGUCUGGCCACCAUUCGAGGAAAAGAGAACGACGGAAUUUCAGUUUCUGACAGAGUUAUGGGCCAACUUCUUGUGGAGUUAGAUGGUUUGCAUCAAUUAGUUGGUGUUACUGUUAUUGCCGCUACAAAUCGGCCAGACAAAAUAGAUCCUGCCCUCCUAAGACCUGGACGCUUUGACCGGUCCCUGUAUGUGGGACCUCCUAACAAGACGGACCGCGAAGAUAUAUUCAAGAUCCAUUUGAGGAAAAUCCCAUACAGCUCUGAUGUCAGUUUGGAAGAGCUUGCUUCUCUUACUGAAGGCUGGACCGGGGCUGACAUAUCGUUGAUAUGCAGAGAGGCAGCCAUUGCAGCACUCGAGGAGAGUCUGGAUGCCGAGGAAAUAACCAAGCAGCAUUUGAAAGAAGCGAUCAGGCAAGUGGAGCCAACAGAGAUUCUGUCCUACGAAGAACUGUCUGGAAAAUUCCAAAGGGUCGUCCCCUCAAAAGCACAAGAAGACUUGGUGGAAAACCCAGAGAGCACGAGCUCAAGAUCGUCUUUUUCUCUCUGGACACGAAUGAGAUCUAUCGCGAUGUUUCUUCUCCGCCUCGUUGCUUCAUAAUCAGAUAACAAAACCAGCAGACAGACCGAGCUCUUCCUAAUUGGCAAUCAGAUGAUGAACUGAUGAGCCUCCACCCGCUAUAACCGUAAGAACAUCAUUUCCACAGGUCCUGGAGUGAAUUUUGGUGUGUAUAAAUAGAUGGGCAAUGUUGUAGAGAUAGUGAAAAAUAAGCAAGUAGGCUGAUAUACAUGUAGGGGUCACCUGUUGGGCUGUGUUCUUGAAGGUCAUGAUGAAUAUACAUGUCUUAUUUGAUAUUUGGUUCGUAUGUUAGUGUACAUCAUUAUUUAAGAGAGGACAAUUACGACAUGAUCGGAUAAAGUAUACAUGAUAGAUUUGAGGUUUUGAUUGCUAAGUGUUGCCAUAA